UUUUAGACAUCCUGACAUCUGGUGGACAGAAUAAUGUACUGCUGAGGCUGAAGAGUGCAAUAGUAUUAUCACCAGCAUCCUUUAAAUCAAAGAAUAGACGAAGACCAGGUUGAGCUUUCGGCUCAAGGACAAAACAAACCGUUUAAAGUUGAGUGCGUGAAAAUCUGCAGCAGUGUUGUAAUGGAGACGCACUACACCGAGAUCAAGUCAAGACCAAGACCGGACUGUAUUAGGGUUGAGACAAGACCAAAACUUUGAGUGGUUGAGACAAAGUCAAGAGUGUGUCGCCUGCUUAUGUAGCCAAGAUUUGUUAGAUGUUUGGGUGAGGCGUGUUGCAUACAGCAGUAUGUAGAUCAGAGUAAUAGUGAGGUUGAUGAGACCCAAGACCUAUAAAAAGUUGUCUUAAGACCAGUCUUAAGAUAUAUAUAUACUACUAUACUAGUACUAAACUAUAACACUGACUCAGAGCUGCUUAAAAUUAAACCAACACACCAUUUAAAAUGAAUUUAUAUAAAAAGGUUUGGCAUACAUUAACAUUUUGACCAGAUGAAAUAAUACACUGGACCUGUUGGACAACAAAGACGUCCUGCAUGAAAAGUGACUCAGUAGUGUGACUCUGAAUGAAAAUUCAGGAGAUUAAUCAUCUGUGAGUCGAGACUUUAAAUAGCUCAAAAGGUCUGUGAAGAACAUGAUACAGAUAUAACACACAUAUUUUUAGAUUCAAUAUAAGAAAUGAAGGGAAUGAGGAAUUGUCUGUUUGUGAAAAAUGCUUUUGGCUGGUGUGUAUCUGUGCCAUGACUGGCGUGCAAAGUAGAGGAUGUCGGAAACUGUUAAAGAUCAAGCUCUUAAUUUAAGAUCUCUAAAAUAUGAAAUACUCACGAGAGCAAACCGGUCCAAAAUCAGUUUCUAUUUCUCAUCAGGUAUUCUCAGGGGUGUCAGAAAGAGAAAGAACAUGUGAGGAAAUGCAUAUAUAUAUAAACCUGUCAGUGUAUCCUAAGCCAUAUUCUUGGGUUCAUCAUAGACUCACUUUAGAUUACUUUGAUGUUAUCUUUUCAGUAAAAAAAAAAAACCCGAACAAGAUAAAUCUGUCAACCGAUGUAACUUCCUGGAAACAAGCAAAGUGGCAGGGGCUUAAAACAGGAAGUUUCCCCUGAGAGUAAAUCAGUCUCUAUCUGAAGAGAAGACAAGCACCUUCGUCAAGAGAAGAAAUCGUACUAACUGCCGUCCAGAAGACGAUGAAUAACUCAAAUAGUUCAGUCAACCGUGAGUUUACAACGAGGUUCCUGGUUCCCGUUUACAGCUCAGUCUUCAUCAUUGGUCUGCUGGCUAAUGGAUGGGGAUUGAAGUCUUUGCUGCAGAACUGGAACAAACUAGGUAACGUGAACGUGUUUGUUCUCAACCUUGGACUUACAGACAUUCUGCACCUGCUCACACUCCCGUUUUUGAUCGUGUACUAUGCCAUGGACCGUAGAUGGAUCUUUGGAGAUGCGUUGUGCAAGAUAACAAGAUUCUGCUUCAGCCUGAAUUUAUAUGGCAGCAUUGGGUUCCUCACCUGUAUAAGCGUGUACAGAUACCUGGCCAUCGUUCAUCCAAUGAGGGUGAUGGGAAGAAUAACUGUCACCCAUUCUGUGGCUAUCUCAGUCAUGGUUUGGCUCUUGGUGGGCGUUCAAAGUCUUCCGGACAUGUUCUUCACCAAAACAUUGGAAAACACCAAAGAAUGCCUUGACACCACUGAUAAAAACCAUCUUGAGCGUUACCUGAAAUACAGCCUUGGAUGGACACUCACUGGAUUUUGUAUCCCAUUCCUCAUCACACUGGGCUGCUAUGGACACGUGAUCGUCAUUAUCUGCAAGUCAAAUAGCAUUGACAAGGUGCUGAAACAGAGAAGUUUGAAGUUGUUGUUCAUCACGAUUCUUCUCUUCUCUGUUUGUUACAUCCCACAUCACGUAUUCAAGAACCUCAACCUCUUGUCAAGAGUUCUGUCUAUGAAUAAUAUAAACUAUGGAUGGUUUAAUGGAGUCUACAUCGCUCGUCAGAUAAGUCGUGGCCUUGUGUGUCUGAACAGCGCUCUCAACCCUCUGGUUUACCUCCAUGGAAAUGAAAACAUUGGUGCUCAGCUCAUGCAGCUCCUCCAGCGAGCCUGGCAAGCUGUCAUGCAGCUGUUCAACCGACGUAGUCAUGUUCCCGUGGUGCAGAUUAUCUGAUAUGUGAAUGAAAUUGCAGAAUUGUAUUGCAUCAUCGAUUAUUGUGUUUGAGCUAUGUGCCUGUCAUAUUGUUGUUAACAUGCAAAAUAACUAAAAAAUAAAGUUAUUUCAAGCACAUUUGAAAACGUCA